UUUACCCCACUAAAGUAGUUGGAACGUUGCACGGUGCCACCAUGAACGUAGUGCUGAACGUAGUGCCAUUUUUCUUAGCCGCUCGUGUCUUCCUCGAAACCCCGUGGAUGCACGGGCCCGAGUACACCUUCCACGUCCAAGUGAACUCGACCGCGAUCCCGGAGGAAGGUAGCUACAUAAGCAUCAGGUUGAACGUCGCGUCUAAAUUGGUGUGCCAACCGAAACGUUUCCACGUGUUGACCUGCCAUUUUCGCGAGUCGAAGGCGGACAGUUACGUGACGGAGAGUUUGGACCCGGGUGCGCCGGCGAUCCCCGUGAGCCAGGUGUCGAGGCAGGAGGCGUACGAGAUCAAUCAGGAUCAGUUCGAGAUCAGGUUCACGGAGCAGGGGUUGGACAGCCUAGUUGUGAACGAGAACGUGCAACCGAGGGAGUUGGACAUGAUUCGGGUGAUCGUUGGACAAUUGAACAUAGGCGCUCUGGUAGGGGAGUACGAUCGAACGUUCGAGCUGAUGGAGAACUUCACACAGGGCGAAUGCGUGACCAUGUUCACCGUCGAACGUAACACAGUCGCCGGUUUGAGCCGCGCAGGUCGCAAUUACAUUCUGGAGACGGUGUUCGGGUUGAAAGACGGUCAAUUGGUGGAGAUCAGAAAGAUAAGGAAUCUUCACAUGUGCACGCACAACGUGCCCUAUUUCUUCGGGAGCGCGGAGGGUAUGAAACAGAUGAGCGACGUGGUGUCAACUGUCAGCUCGUCAGAAAGUCACAUAGCGAUCACCUCGACCGAAUUCAUAUCCGGGACCACGAACGUGAUAACUACCAGCAAAGUGUCCGAGGGGAUGGUUACGACCCUGUACGAGAACAUAAGCGUGAGAUUGGAAUCGAUAUUGGCGGCGAGCAACGAUCCACCGGAAGUGAAGGAUCCGGAGCUGGCAAGCAUGUUCAUAGGUAGAUGGCUGAUGGAGAAUUCGAUGGAGGACGAUGGAGACUCGUCGUCGUCGUUGGAGAUUUGAUUUGGAGGGCCUUGAAUGAUAAUAAAAUUCAAGUAUACCACUAUUGUUGUAAAUAAUAUUGUAAGUGUGCAUUUGUCGUUCGAUUCUGUAAAUAAUAAAGCGCUCUUUCGUUUGUACAAAUAAA